AUGAUGCAAGAGGACAAAGAGAUUCUCGCGUUUGGUAUCUACGGACCGGUUUAUUGCACUACUGAAUAUGUGAUCAAAGAGAUCAAUCACAAAAGAGCAUUUCGCGCAGAAUACAAGGCCUAUCACUGCCUAAAAGAGGUCGAAAGCCUUCGUGGUCGCAUACCACGAUACUGUGGCAGCAAACCCCACAAACACCGCAUCUACCUCGAGCGCAUCCACGAACCAACCCUCCGGAAGCACAAUGUUGACAAAGAGACCUUCGAGCAAAUCAGAAAAUACCUACUGGAGACAAUUGAUAUCAUUCAUGACGCUGGAUGGGUCCACCGUGCCAUACGAAUCGAUAAUAUAUUCACUUCAGGCAGGUUGUUCGAUUUCAGCUAUGCUUGCCCGAAAAGUGAGCUUUCGGCGGCAUGGUGGGAAUACUAUAAACGUGCAGACCGUGAAGCCAUCGACCGGUUGUAUUCAGACAUGAUCAGACCCAAGAACUACAUAGCCUCAUUGGCCUUGCUUAAUAGAGGUGUUGAUGACCUUAAGAGUCAGACAGAACUUGCCGUGCUUCUCCGCGAGUCGGACACCAGCUCCGAACUGGUGGAAAAGCUUGAGACAAUCAGAAGUCCUAUACCUUCUCUAGUUCUUGAAAUGUGUCGGGCGUGUCGACGCCAGGGGCAAGAUGAAAGGGGGCGGCGCUUAUUGAAAAAAUGCCGCCCCGCCGCACCGCGCGAUGAGCAAACCAAACGACUAUAUGUCGAACUCAAGGCCGAAUAUGCGAAAUGCGAUCGUUUUGGCGAUCUCACGAAAGUCUCCAAUGCCUACGCAGACGCAAUCUCUGCUAGCGUCAAUCUUAUUGGUCGAACCGACGAGCUCACCAUCAAUCUUCGUCUCGAUUUCGCAUCGUUUCUGGAGCGAAGGGAACGGGUACCUGAUGCUCUGAAAGAAGUCGAGGCACUGAAAGUAGACUAUAAUGACUUGUCCGAGGUAUACAGGGCAAUGAUCACCAAGCGUGAGGCACGAUUGCGUGACAGUGGAGCAGAGAAACGGAAACAUGAAGAAACUAUGCCUGCGGAGGAGACCUCAAAAGAAGACGAUAAAGAGAAUAAUGUUCAGAGCGAAACGCAUAGUCCACCAUCUAAGAAACUGAAGAAGUCGGUCGAAUUUGAGAUGGUCUACCGAGUAAAAUAG